CUAACAGACAUUUAAUUUAAUUUAGCAUUUAAUAUAAUUUAAUUUAAAAAGUUUACUAUACAAUACCAUAUGACGGCGUUCAUACAAAAUUUUAAUUUAAGACAUAAUAUAACUUAAUUUAAAAGUUGGCCAACUUUUAUCUUUCAAAAUUAAAUUAAAUUAAAUUUGGGGUUGAUCAUUGAUUUUCAUCAGUUUGACAAGGCAGAUGACGGAUAAUGACAUUUUUCUAUAUCAGUUAAAAAAUUACUGUAUGAACGCCACAAAGUGAAAUUAUAAUUAUGUUAAUAUAAAAUUAAAUUAAAUUUCUGUUAGAACCCAGCUUUAGUGUAUGGAGUUUGAGGGAUGUCAAAGGACUAUUAGGACACAAAAUCUCGACAAAAUGAAAUUUCAUCAUUUUAGUGUUUUUGCACGUCGCUACAACCGCCGGCUCGGGCUUUGCCCCCGUUUUCCGUGCGAUUUCGACUGUCAAAAAAAAAAAAUGACGGAGGACGAAAAGUUCGAUCACUCUUUACACUCUUAAUAUGAUAAAGCACCGAUUGCCACCAUGUCGUAUCAUUAUGAUUAUUACCAUCUUGGAAGAUCUAGGUAGGGACGAAUAAAUUAGAAGACACAACUCGAUGCUAGGGAAAAACUCUAUUGACUUUGACACACCCGCUACAUGAAAUGCUGGUUUUCUGUCCACCAGGCGAUCCACGAACCAGUUGCCAAAAAACCGCACCUUAACUAAUAAAAACCCUCCAGGUGAAUGCCAAUCCAUAAAGACUAAAAUAUAAAGCAGAUGCCUAAUAGCACAACAUUUUACAUGGAUAUCUCUCUUUCGACACAAUAAAAUUAAAUAAAAUAAAAAUGCGGUUGCUGUUCCGGAUUUUAAUUCCGGUUGCUGCAAUCCUUGCAAUGUUCAAGUUAUGGCUGAAAUGGACCACAGGAUGGUGCAGGAGUAAUGUGCGUUUGGUUGGGAAAACUGCGAUUAUUACCGGAGCAAAUACAGGAAUUGGUUAUGAAACAGCUAAAGACUUGGCUAAACGAGGCGCCAGAGUAAUAUUGGCCUGCAGAGACCCAACAAGAGGCCAAAAAGCAGUGGAAAAAAUUGUCAAAGCCACAAACAACCAGAACGUUAUCUUCAAACAUCUGGAUCUGUCAACAUUUGAAUCUGUGAUUGAGUUUGCCAAGGAUAUUAACAAAACCGAAGCAAGAUUGGACAUUUUAGUUAACAAUGCCGGAAUGGGUUUUAGAGGAUAUUUGAAAGCUGACAAUGGGUUUUUGCUGAUAAUGCAAACUAAUUAUUUUGGACACUUUUUACUUACUAACUUAUUGUUAGAUUUAAUGAAAAAAACUAAAAAUUCACGCAUUGUAAACGUUGGUUCGAUUGCAGCAAAAUUCACCGAAGACUUUGAUGUUAACCAACUAAACAAAUACGAAGCCAGUGGUCACCAUUUCGAAGUUUAUUGUAGAAGUAAACUCUGCAACUUAUUAUUUACCAUAGAAUUAGCCGAUAGACUAAAAGGCACUAGUGUAACCACAUAUUCUGUUCAUCCUGGUGCAGUGGCAACUGAAGCAUUCAGAACAAUACCUGCAGUUGCAAGAAUUAUCACAACUGUUUUGGGGUGGUUUAUGAAGAAUUCCCUGGAAGGUGCACAGACAACCAUCUACUGCAGCCUCCAAAAAGGCAUCGAAAACUACUCUGGAGAACAUUUCGAAGACUGUCAUUACGUGAGCAGAUACAAAAUAGCCCAAGAUCCAAAUUUGCCAAAGCAAUUGUGGAAAGUGACAGAGGAAUUGAUAAAAACAGUCAUAGGAUAGAAUCAACUUUUAUUAAUAAUUUUUAAACAAUUGUUCCACAUAAGAUACCAAAUCAGUCACAUGUACUUGUUCCUAGAAAUUCAAAAAAUCUCACUCUCAAUUAAGAUGCACAAUAUAAAAUUUCUUACCUUUAAUGUUGUAUCUCUGCUGCGAAGCAACACUAGCCCAUCUUUUAAAGUUUUCUCAUUCAAUAAAACCCCAUAAGGUAUUCCUAGUUCAUCAUAUUGCCUCCAUUGAGCGUCCAAGCUUAAUUUUGAGCUGCUUGGUAAAAAUAAAGUUGAAACAUGUUUAGUUCUUAGUUGCCUAGUUAAAUAUAAAGCUAAAUCGUUUAAUUCAGUUGAAACACCUGCCGGUAGUCCGGAAGCUAUCGAGAAACUUAUACUAUAAGGAGCCAAUUUUCUGUGGAACCUCAACAAGGUCCGUUUGGUGUCUUUAUAUUCAGGCUCAGCGUAAGCGUCGCAGAGGGUGUUUAUAAACAUUGAAGACAUGUCAAUGUUGCUGACUACAGUGUGAGGACUUAGGGAUUUUUUGCCAAAUUUG